AUGGUAAAAAGGGUCAAGGCUCACACAGUGUCUGAUCACCACAAAUACGUUGACAUCUACACGAAGAUCUACAAGUUUCCGGUGGAUAAUGUCACGGUGCGUAGUUGUUGCUGUUCCCGGAUAUAUCUUCUGGAUAUUCAUGUGCCUGCUGGCAGUUCCUUUUUGCAGUUGAAACUCCUGCCCAUGCGCCACGAUCAUGGCUAUAGGCCGUUCUUCAUGAACCUGACCUUCGAUAUUUGUGCGUUCUUUAGGAAUCUGCAGAAUGAGAAUGGAGCUAGGCAGCUGAUCCUGCGAGAGCUCUUCCAGACGGUCAAGCCGUACACGAACAUCAAUCACACGUGUCCCUACCAUCAUGAUGUGGAAGUUUCCAAGUUGUGGACUGGCAAUCUGGAGGCACGAUUUCUGCGCCAUCUGCCACUGCCCCACGGGGACUACAGUCUCUGCCUCAGCUGGUACACCUCCAGCGUUCAUCGAGCCACUGUCAAGGUGUACUUUAGGCUAACCGACAGCUAAAUACAAAAUC